AUGGACCGCAUAGCCUGGCUAUUUACCGCAUCGGCCAGCGACGACGCAAACCAGCUGCGCAAGGCGCUGCGGAUCCACGCGUACGGCAACGACGUGCCUCCCCUGGCGCAGUCCGCGCACCAGCUGUCGGAGGCGCACGGGCUGCGGCCGUACCUCUACCAAAACAUGAUGACGGCCGGCUACCACGAGCUGACGAGGGUGCAGAUGCAGGCAGUGCCCGCGCUGCUCGCCGGCCGAGAGCUCCUCGCGUGUGCGCCGACGGGGUCGGGAAAGACGGCCGCCUUCGUGGUGCUCAAGCUGGCAGCGGGCGGGAAGGUGAGCGUGGCGCUGCUGACGCGCAAGAUGGAGGUUCGGCUGCUCGUCCUCGACGAGGCCGACAAGCUGCUCGAGCUGGGCUUCCUCGAGCAGGUCGACACGCUGCUCGCCGCCUGCUCGCACGCCGAAGUCAGCCGCGCCCUCUUCUCGGCGACGAUGCUCCCCGCCAUCGAGUCGCUCGCAGACACGGUGCUGCGGCAGCCGGUGCGGGUGGUGGUGGGCGAGAAGAACGCGGCGGCCGAGACGGUCGAGCAGUCCCUCGUCUUCGUCGGCCGCGAGGACGGCAAGAUGCUCGCGCUGCGGCAGAUGAUAAGACAGGGCAUCCAGCCGCCGGAGCGCGCGGUGCAGCUCUUCCAUGAGCUCGUGCUGGACGGGCUGCGCGCGCAGCGCGACGCGAUUGUGGACCAGUUCCGCAAGGGGCAGGUCUGGGCGCGCGGGAUGGACUUCAAGGGCGUCAAACUGGUGGUCAACUUUGACUUCCCGCAGACGACCGUCUCGUACAUCCACCGCAUCGGCCGCACCGGCCGCGCAGGCAUGCGGGGCAAGGCCGUCACCUUCUUCACCGAGCAGGAAGCGCGGCCCAGUGACGUCGAGCAGCUGCGCUCCAUCGCAAACGUGAUGAAGGCGAGCGGCUGCGGUGUGCCGGACUGGAUGCUCCGGCUGCAACCAAUGCGCAAGCAAAAGCGAAAGGCGAUCGCGGUCAAGCCGCGCUCUCGCAAGGCGGUCGCCAAGCGCGCGCGUACCGAGCCCGUCUCCGCGCGCGGCGUUUUGGUUUGA